AUGGCAGGCCUCUUUGAGACCCUCGGGUCCAUCCCCGCGCCCGUCCAAUGGGCAUUUGCAGGCAUUGGCGCUCUCUACGUCUCCAGCAAGCUCUUGAGCUACACCCGUCUGCUCCUCGACAUCUUCAUCCUCAGUGGCACCAAUCUGCGCAAGUACGGCAAGAAAGGGACCUGGGCUGUGGUGACCGGCGCGUCAGAUGGCCUCGGAAAGGAGUACGCAACCCAGCUCGCCGCCAAGGGCUUCAACGUCGUUCUCGUCUCUCGUACCCAGUCCAAGCUCGAAACUCUCGCCCAGGACCUCGAGGCCAAGUACGCCGGCGUCCAGACCAAGAUUCUCGCCAUGGACUUUACACAGAAUAACGACGCCGACUACCAGAAGCUAGCACAACUGAUCGACGGGCUCGACGUCGGCAUUCUCAUCAACAACGUUGGCUCUAGCCACAGCAUCCCCGUCCCCUUCCUGCAGACCGACAAGGAGGAGCUGGAGACCAUCGUCAAGAUCAACUGCCUGGGGACCCUCAAGACCACCCAGGUGGUGGCGCCGGCUAUGGCCCAACGCAAACGCGGCCUCAUCCUCACCAUGGGCUCCUUCGGCGGAUGGACACCGACCCCGUAUUUGGCCACCUACAGCGCCAGCAAGGCCUUCCUACAGCACUGGAGCUCGGCCCUGGCAGAAGAGCUCAGGUCCAGCAACGUGGAUGUCUAUCUCUGCCUCAGCUACCUUGUGGUCGGAGCCAUGAGCAAGAUCCGCCGUCCGAGCCUACUGAUUCCGCCUGCCCGACCCUUUGUCAAGGCCGCCCUCGCAAAGGUCGGCCGCGGAGGCACCCAGGAUCUCGCCUACUCCUACACCCCGUGGUGGUCGCACGCUAUCAUGCAGUGGUGGGUGGAGAAGGUUCUUGGCUUGGGCAGCCGCGUUGUCAUCUGGUGGAACCUGAAGAUGCACAUUGACAUCCGGAACCGUGCUCUGAGGAAAGCAGCACGCGAGGCAAAGAAGGCUUGA